AUGGCGGCAACCCGAUCCUCUGCUCGGCUGGCGCUCAAGGCAAAUGCAAUGCAAACCAGCGAAGAAACAAUCUCAAGCCCAGCCAACUCUUCCAAUGGAAAGCGCAAGAACAACAACGCGGCACUCAAAGCACCGGCCUUCAAGAAAUCCAAGACUCAGACUGGUGCUGGCUCGACCACAGUAGGGUCAACAGCCAACCCCCAGACAACGCGUGCUCCCAGCGAUACCAACGCAGAUGCCCCUGUUCCAGCCGUCCUAAGCUUUGACUUUAAUGAGGCUAUGCGUCAUCUCAUUACCGUGGACCCAAGAUUCCAGGACUUGUUCGACAGGAUGCCCUGUCGGCCCUUUGAACAACUUGAACAAGUGCAUCCGUUCCGAGCGCUAUCGAUCUCUAUCCUAGGGCAGCAAAUCUCAUGGAAAGCUGCGCGCUCAAUUACCCACAAGUUCAUCAGGCUCUACAGCCCCUCUAUCCCAGAAGAAGUGACGGAUGAGUCCCGAGCGGCCGCAAUGCAAGUCUUCCCUACCCCGGAGCAGGUGUCGAAGACGGAAGUUUCGCUGCUCCGAACUGCAGGUUUGAGCGAGCGGAAGGCCCAAUACAUCCAGGAUCUUGCCGCUAGAUUCGCAGACGGUCGCUUAAGCACCGAUAAACUCCUAAAUGCUAGCGACGAGGAACUGGCAGAAAUGCUUAUUGAAGUUAAAGGAAUAGGCAGAUGGACAGUGGACAUGUUUGCGAUCUUCUCUUUACGUCGCCCCGACAUCCUUCCUGUUGGUGACCUAGGGGUCCAACGGGGCCUCGCCCGUUGGUUCCUUUCUCUCCAUUCUCCAGCACACACGUACACACUCUCCCCAGAGAAGGUUGACGCGUCCACGAGCUUCCAGAGAAGAAAGACAAACCAUGCAAGUAACGAUGUCGAGGACGACGCGCUGCCCACGGUAGCUUCCUCGGCGAAUAAAUUGGAGGGCGGAGAGGCGGCUGCAAUUGGCGGGGUCAAUCGUGACGGAGAUACCAUGACAUCAGACACGAGCGCAUCAACUCUCCUCCCUCCGCCGUUUACGCCCUCCAUUCAGAAAACCUUGUCCAAGGCUCCAGAGAAGGCAGUGCCUCUUCCUACAGGCAUUACCAUUUCGUUAUUGAAGAGCCGUUUGGAUGGGAAGAAGGUCAAGUAA